UCAUUUUAGUACCCACAAAGAGCAUUAUCCCAGAUCAGUCUUCCCCUUUGCAGUCAAGUCAGCAAUGGCGCAGCCGGUGAUUUUCUGCCGUGAAAUAUCUGCAUCGCUGGCGAACUGCACAUCCUAUUCACCAUUCCAUCAAGUGGAUGGUCAAAGUAGUGUACCCUUCGCAGCUUCUUGUUUAAGGGUACCCAAAAAUUGUUCACUAGUAGCUGCUAGAUGCUCCUUGAAGCCAUCUAUGAUGCCUUCAGCAUUGGUCACUUCUAGGCCCCAACAAGUGUCCACAGAUCCUGUUAAUGUUGUUUGUGACGGAAAAAUUGGUGUUUUGUUGCUUAAUCUUGGUGGCCCUGAAUCUCUUGAAGAUGUGCAGCCAUUUUUAUUCAAUCUUUUCGCUGAUCCUGAUAUUAUUCGAUUACCAAGGCUGUUUCGGUUUUUGCAAAGGCCGCUUGCGCAAUUCAUUUCUGUUGCUAGAGCACCUAAGAGCAAAGAAGGUUAUGCUUCAAUUGGUGGUGGCUCUCCUCUUCGACGGAUAACUGAGGCUCAGGCUGAAGCCUUGAGAAAAGCACUGUGGGAAAGGAAUGUGCCUGUAAAGGUGUAUGUUGGUAUGCGCUACUGGCAUCCAUUCACGGAGGAAGCCAUUGAGCUGAUUAAAAGGGAUGGCAUCACAAAGCUUGUUGUGCUCCCUCUUUAUCCACAGUUUUCAAUAUCUACUAGUGGUUCAAGCCUUCGCCUUUUAGAGAGUAUAUUUCGGGAGGAUGAGUAUCUUGUUAACAUGCAACACACAGUAAUACCCUCAUGGUAUCAACGGGAAGGAUAUAUCAAAGCGAUGGCAGAUUUGAUGGAAAAAGAGCUGAAAAGUUUUGAACGUCCUGAGGAGGUGAUGAUAUUCUUCAGUGCUCAUGGGGUACCACUUGCAUAUGUAGAGGAAGCAGGUGAUCCAUACAAGGCUGAAAUGGAGGAAUGUGUGGACUUAAUAAUGGAAGAACUUGAGAAGAGAAGGGUACAUAACGCAUAUACUUUGGCCUAUCAGAGUAGGGUUGGACCUGUUGAAUGGCUGAAACCAUAUACUGAUGAGACAAUAAUUGAGCUUGGGAAGAAAGGGGUUAAGAGUAUUCUUGCCGUGCCAAUAAGUUUUGUAAGUGAGCAUAUUGAGACAUUAGAAGAAAUUGAUGUUGAAUACAAGGAGCUAGCAUUGGAGUCUGGAAUACAGAAUUGGGCACGUGUUCCUGCCCUAGGUGUUGAACCCACUUUCAUCUCAGAUUUGGCAGAUGCAGUGAUUGAAAGUCUUCCAUAUGUUGGAGCAAUGGCAGUCUCAAAUCUUGAAGCUCGUCAGUCAUUGGUUCCUCUUGGCAGCGUGGAAGAGCUAUUGGCAGCAUAUGAUUCACAGCGCAGGGAGCUGCCACCUCCUGUAACAGUCUGGGAAUGGGGUUGGACAAAAAGUGCAGAAACGUGGAAUGGAAGAGCAGCUAUGUUGGCAGUUCUUGUGCUGCUGGUGCUAGAAGUUACAACUGGAGAAGGCUUCCUGCACCAGUGGGGUAUAUUGCCCUUAUUCCGCUAGCCACAUAGAUCCUACUCUCUCCAGUUUCUUUGAAAAGAAAAUCUCUUCCCUCCCAUCCCUGCUGUCUCUUACACAUGCAUAUACACAUACACAUACACUUAAUGGUGGCUGCCUGUUGAGAUGUUGAAAACGACACAAAUUGGGAACAAAUUAAGAAAGUUCUAAAAUGUUAAAGUCAUUGAGAAUGAGCAUCCACUCUUCUGUUACCAUAUAUUUCUUCUUAGUCUUUGCAGCAAAAAAGCCUUCAUUUCAUUCUCAUAAGGCCAGUGAGCAGGUUUGUGAGAUACACAGUACGUUGGAAUGAAGCAGGGUCCUGAUAACAGAAAAGGGCAGGAAGGAUCAAGGAUAGUUCGACGAUAAAGAGAAUGAAAAAAAAGAGCAAGUUCAUCUUCCAAGGUUUACCAUCCUUUCACAACUUUCAGCAUCUACAGACAACCUGUAAAUUUUCCUCUUGCACGCCACCUUUCUGUCAUAUGAAUCCCAAAUCCAUGUUGUAACAAUUCUGUGUAUCUGAGUGUUUGUAUACAAUGUUGAAAUUAAAUCCCUAAGAAGCAAGAACAAUACAGUGGCAGAUGUCUACAUUUAAUAUUUCUGCCUAGUAUGUGUAAAGCAACUGGAAAAUAGCUUCCAAUGUUGUGAAUUUUGCCAUGAAAGACUUUGAUGCUGCAUAGUAUUGAAUCUAA